AUGGCCACAUCAAAUCAGAAACCAUCAAGCGACGCUUCCAAAUUUGUAUCAUUGCCUUUAUCAAGUUCAUCUCAUAAAUUUCCACAGACGAAAAUAGAUUUUCUUAACGUUAACAAAAAUCCCAUAGGAAAAAAGAAUCAUUUGACUGUAAUACACAUUCACUCAGAACAAGAGAAAACGUACGGCGACAAAUAUAAAAGCAACCCUAAAAUUAAGGUCCCAAAACAUCCAAAAGAUUUGAUGAAUGGCAGAGAAUUAAUGAUACAUGCAGGUGAUAAUGCGCACCAAAAUACUUUAUCAUCAAGUUUGCAAGAACCGAUUACUCCUGUCGAUAAUGAAAUUAUUUCGAUUGAGAACCAUGACCUAGAGUCUCAUACAUCUAACUUACCAGAUCAUCCUUUUAAGGCCUCCGUAUCUGUUCCAAACGAGCCCAAAGCACCAUUUACCUCGGUUAUUUCAUCCAUGGAGCCACCUAAUGUUGAAGAAGUUGAAAAAAAAGAACCAACUAUCAAAGAUCGGUAUGAACAAAUCCAUACAGACGAAAUCAAUACUGAAAGAAAUAACGAACAGACACUAACUUACGAAACGGACCAACCAAAAUUAAUAAUGGACGAACCCCUGAAGGAAACUAUACCAAAAUAUUCUUACACUGAAACAUUGUCUCCUUCUGAAGCAAAUAAUGUAGAAACCAUUAAACCAAGCUUAAAAGCAAAUCUUCCGCUUUCGCUUAGUGUUGUUGAUGAAGCAACAUUGGGUUCAGAAUAUUCGUAUUAUACGCCAGAUAGUUCAACAGAUACAACUGAACCGAUUCCAACAAGUCCAGAUGAAUUCAUAUCAACUGAAACCCAUAACCCCCAUGACUCCAUUGAAACAUUACACAUUCCAAAAUUAAAUAGAAAAGAAAAUUCACUUUAUAAUCCCUCAUUGUAUUCAAUGGAAGUCGCUGAAAGUAUUGAAGACGAAACAAAUAAGAAACCAUUAGGAGAUGAAGUCGUGUUAGAAAACAACACAGUAUCUGAUCACUCAGACAUUUCAAAUGCACCUAAGGAUGAUAUCGGAAAAAAUAUCGAAAACACAACUCCACGAGUCGAUGGAAACGAAAGCACGCACGAUGUAGAUUUUGGAAAUAAGCAGGAUAAUGAUGAUUCGCCAGAUCGUAAGCUUUCGCACUUGUAUAAACUUGUAGAAAAACUUGAACAAAGCUUUCCGAUAUAUAUUCCCGAAUCUCUUGAUUCAUUAAGUAAGUCAAAUUUGAAUAAUUUGGAACCGCCUCCAGAUGAUGUAAACCACAUAAAUUCUGAAGAUAGUCCUAUUAUGUCACUUGAGGACCGCUUUAAAGUGCCAGAACUAGAUAGUCCUAUUAUUUCACCUGAGGACCGCCUUAAAGUGCCAGAACCAGAUAGUCCUAUUAUGUCACUUGAGGACCGCUUUAAAGUGCCAGAACUAGAUAGUCCUAUUAUUUCACCUGAGGACCGCCUUAAAGUGCCAGAACCAGAUAGACCUAUUAUUUCACCUGAGGACCGCCUUAAAGUGCCAGAACCAGAUAGUCCUAUUACUUCACCUGAGGAACCCCUUAAAGUGCCAGAAACAGAUAGACCUAUUAUUUCACCUGAGGACCGCCUUAAAGUGCCAGAAACAGAUAGUCCUAUUACUUCACCUGAGGACCGCCUUAAAGUGCCAGAAACAGAUAGACCUAUUAUUUCAUCUGAGGACCGCCUUAAAGUGCCAGAACCAGAUAGUCCUAUUAGUUCACCUGAGGACCGCCUUAAAGUGCCAGAACCAGAUAGUCCUAUUAUUUCACCUGAGGACCACCUUAAAGUUCCAGAACCAGAUAAUCCUAACAUUUCACCUGAGGACCACCUUAAAGUGCCAGAACCAGAUAGUCCUAUUAUUUCACUUGAGGACCGCCUUAAAGUGCCAGAACCAGAUAAUCCUAAUAUUUCACCUGAGGACCGCCUUAAAGUGCCAGAACCAGAUAGUCCUAUUAUUUCACCUGAGGACCGCCUUAAAGUGCCAGAACCAGAUAGUCCUAUUAGUUCACCUGAGGACCGCCUUAAAGUGCCAGAACCAGAUAAACCAGAUAAUCCUAAUAUUUCACCUGAGGACCGCCUUAAAGUGCCAGAACCAGAUAGUCCUAUUAUUUCACUUGAGGACCGCCUUAAAGUGCCAGAACCAGAUAAUCCUAAUAUUUCACCUGAGGACCGCCUUAAAGUGCCAGAACCAGAUAAUCCUAAUAUUUCACCUGAGGACCGCCUUAAAGUGCCAGAACCAGAUAAUCCUAAUAUUUCACCUGAGGACCUCCUUAAAGUGCCAGAACCAGAUAGUCCUAUUAUUUCACUUGAGGACCGCCUUAAAGUGCCAGAACCAGAUAAUCCUAACAUUUCACCUGAGGACCGUCUUAAAGUGCCAGAACCAGAUAAUCCUAAUAUUUCACCUGAGGACCACCUUAAAGUGCCAGAACCAGAUAAUCCUAAUAUUUCACCUGAGGACCACCUUAAAGUGCCAGAACCAGAUAGUCCUAUUAUUUCACUUGAGGACCGCCUUAAAGUGCCAGAACCUGAUAGACCUAUUAUUUCACUUGAGGACCGCCUUAAAGUGCCAGAACCAGAUAAACCUAUUAUUUCACUUGAGGGCCACCUUAAAGUGCCAGAACCAGAUAGUCCUAUUAUUUCACUUGAGGACCGCCUUAAAGUGCCAGAACCAGAUAGUCCUAUUACUUCACCUGAGGACCCCCUUAAAGUGCCAGAACCAGAUAGUCCUAUUACUUCACCUGAGGACCCCCUUAAAGUGCCAGAACCAUCUUCUGCUGAGGCUGUUCCUGAAGAAUCUAUAGUCACUUCAAAUCCGACUGUCACCCAAAAUGGAUUAAAUUCUCAAUCGGAAUUCGAUGAAGAUUUGGAUAAAUUGGACAAUAUUAUAAAGUUGAGGGGUAGUGUAGUAGCCAUUGGGAAUGGACUUGAGAGAUCACCACGCUCGAAGUCAAAGAAAAAAAAGGAGAUUCAUGGAUCGUAA